CUAUGUCAAAACGGGUACUGGGUCAUGAUCGGUGAUACAGGAUGUAGUGUGAGUCUUUGGUCCGUUGUAAGCAUGAGAGGUGAGCACCUUGGGUAAGUGUGGCUCAACACCGUUGCACAUUCAGCAGCCUUGUACUUUGGCAUACCCAACAAGCUCACUAAACUGCACUCCUGAUAGCAUGUUUGCCUCGUUUCUUGCACCAGGCAGAAAAGGACGUGUUCCAGGUCUGCUCCGAUGGUCAGAGAAAAGAAGGCAGAAAUGGGAAAGGGUAAGGAAAAAUAAAAACCUACCCGCCAACGAGUCACGGGUGUCACACAAAAGCUAUAAGGAUCACGACAUAAUCAUACGUUGCGUGACGAUGAGAAUCAAAGGAGAAAAGAGACAAAGCUGAUCGAAUCAACUGGAAGGGAGAGAGGGAGGCCUUCGAAUCAACCGGAUGCUCGGCGUGUUACCGUCACCUAGCAUGAGACUAGAGGGAGAAAUUCUACUUUGCCUUGGUUGCCUUGGUCCUACCCCCUUCUGUUUUCGGUCUUUGCCGUUGUAGCUGAGUCCCGUCUUUUUUCUUCUUUAUUGUUGCUUGGGUUGUCUCUUUCUCUCCUUUUUCUUUUACCACCAAGUAACUAGGUGGCCAUAGACUGUCGCUGCUUGCUACCUGCUCAACAAAAAGUCUGCCUUGGUGAACAACAUAAAACAAAGACAGCACAACACACCCGGACAAUCCAGAAGGAUUCGGCGAGACUUAUAUCAUGGCAUUCGGUGGUGGAGGUUUUGGCUAUUCAUUCAUUCCAUACGCGAGUUUAGGCAGACAAGGAAUGAGCCUGGGCGAGACCAUCGAGAAGCUCCACUACGCACACGAGCGAAACAUGCUGGGGGUCGGAGUGCGCAGCGCCUGCGGCGGCAUGUGCUGGCGACCCACGGCGCCGGCGACGUGCGGGAUCCCGGACGUGGUGCAUAUCUGCCCGCACGCGCGACAGCCCACCAUCGAGCGCGUCUACUGUGAGGGCGGUGGUGGUCAGCAAGGCGGAGGGAACAGCGGAGGCGGCAACAGCGGUGGCGGGCAGCAAGGGAGCGUGGUAAAUGUUUUUUCGGCGCCAGUGUCGCUCACGCAACAGCAGGGGCUGCCUUUCCUUCAACCCCAGACACAGCAGCAACAGCAGCAGCAGCAGCCUAUGUUGUUCGGUAUCCCGGUGUCGCUGGCGAACGAGCACAGUUCGGUUCCGUGUCCGACGGGGCAUGACAGCGGUGGCGUGGGUGUGGGGAUGGGGAUGGGGAUGGGAUUUGGAAGUAGGGGCCUGGGGAUGGGCAUGGGGUUCGGGAUGGGCACGGGGGGAUCGAGUGGCGGCGGGAACAAUAACAGCAGCAGCAACAGCAGCAACAACACGACUCCCCGCAAUGGAGUUUUUGUGUUCCCCGCAAAUAACAAUCAGAGCAGCGGCGAAGGGCAACUGUUCCAGGCAAUACCGGCCACCCAGUUAAGCAAUAUCAAUAACGGCGGAGUGGUUUAUCAGCUGCAACCGGUACAACGGCCGAGGGAGCCGACAUGGGUUCGGUUCGUCUGAAUUGGUAUCGAUUCUUAGCUUGAAUGAGUUCCUUGUUUUUUUAUCUUUAACCGGUUGUGUGGGUGGUGGUUACGUAUGUAUGUUACAUGUGCGAGCUGCUAAUGCUUGCGGUUUCGUAUUCUUGUGUUCUUCUUCUUCUUCUUCUUUUUAUUUUCUACCCUGGUUGUGUUUUAUUUUUAUUUUUAUCUUUGUUGUUAUUUUAGCUCGUUUCCCUCUUGUCCCUCUCGGUCUGUCUCUCACCUUGAUCAGUUGACUAGCAACGACUAGCAAGACUGGGCAGUCCACCUCAAGGUGUAUGCGUAUC